AUGUUUAGCGAGAAACCACUAUCAUCGAUACCUUCUACUAUCCCGCAAGAGUUAUCCAUUCCAAAUUCUUCAACUUCAUCAGCAUCUGCAUCACCUUUAUCAUCGGCAGCUCAUUCGCGUACAUCUACAAUAACAUCGAAUAGUUGUAUGCGAAAUGGUUUGCUGACGUCAUAUCAGUCUAGUCGACAAAUGAAAAUAGGAAAAUAUUUCCUUGAAAGAACAAUUGGUAAAGGAAGUUUUGCUGUUGUUAAAUUGGCGACACAUUGUGACACACAUCAAAAGGUAGCCAUUAAAAUAAUAGAUAAAUCACGUCUGAAUCCAAAUGAUCACAAAAAACUUGAACGUGAAAUAGUAAUUAUGAAAUCAUUAAUGCAUCCAUAUAUUAUCCGUCUUUACGAAGUAAUGGAAUCAAGGAACCUAAUUUAUUUAGUAACCGAGUAUGCAGCCAAUGGUGAACUUUUAGAUUUACUGGUUCGUGAGAAACGCCUGAGUGAAGCAAAAGCCAAAGAAAAAUUUCGACAGCUUGUACUAGCUGUUGAAUACAUUCAUUCGAAAAAUAUUGUGCAUCGUGAUUUAAAGACAGAAAAUCUAUUACUGGAUGGUCAUGGAAAUAUUAAAGUAGCAGACUUUGGUUUUGCCAAUACAUUCACGCCAAAUAAAAAACUACAGACAUUUUGUGGUUCACCACCAUAUGCAGCUCCUGAACUUUAUCAAUGUAUUGAAUAUUCGCCGGAAAAAGUUGAUGUUUGGGCACUCGGCGUUCUCCUUUAUAUAUUUGUUUGUGGCCAUUUACCUUUCGAUAGUAAUAAUCUUUCGGAAUUACGAAAACGUGUUCUUUCUGGGCAAUUCCGUUUACCAUUUUAUAUUAGUUCAGAUUGCAGUUCGUUAAUUAGUCAUAUGUUAACAGUUGAUCCAGAACAACGUUAUACUGUAAAUGAUAUUAAAAAUCAUCGAUGGUUAAUGUUAAAUAGUUCAAAUCUAACUGAUGUGCCAUCUCAAACACAAUCAGUGCCUAAUUGUCAAUUAACAAACGCCAUACUUGAUCAUGCCGAAGCACUUGGCUACGAUCGUACACAAAUAUUAACAUCUGUACAUGGAAAUUCCUAUGAUAGCGAUGCAGCUAUAUGGCAUUUACUAUUAGAAAAAUUCCAGCAAACAUGUCAAAUAAAUAAUUCUCAUAUUCCAAAUAGUGAAACAAGUCAUACAGAAAUCAAUGAACAUCAUGCAGAUCUAACUUAUUGCUCAUCAAAUACUAAUGAAUCUCUACAUUCGUGUGAUCCAGAUAUUCAUCUAGACUAUCUAGAUAAUUAUUCCGAUGAGGAAGAUGAUGAUGAAGAUGUCACGAGACAACUGCACGAGCAAUAUGCUCGAACACAUGGCUUGCGACGGCAUACUAUUGUUCGACCGGAUUUAUUUGUACAUAAUGAAGCAAACCCAACAUUAAACUUAGAUGGCCGAUAUGCUUAUCAAUCAUCAACCAUUGAACCAUCGCUAUUAACAAAUCGACUUCAUCAUCUUCAACAACGACAAAAAUUCGAUGCACUAAUUACACACCACGAUGAUGAACAUGAUGAAUGUUAUUCCGAAUCGCAACCAUCACUUUAUCAUCAACGAAAUCCCCAUUCGACAAGUUACAAUGGUUUGACCGUAGAUUCAAAUGUAACAAAUGCUUCAGAUAAUUAUUAUGAACAACAAAAAACUAAUAGCAAUUGGUUAUCACCGCCGAGUCCAGAUAGUUUCUAUUUAAACCGACGAGCCAGUGAUAGUGUUGCUCAUCUACUUCUAUUCCAACAGCAGCAUAGUGAAAUCGGUUCAAAUACAAUGCUUCCCGUUCACUUAACAAACAUAGCAUCUCCUGUAUCUAACAGAUCAUCCCGCGGCAGUAUUACACGUGGUUCGCCAAUCACACCGCCAAUAUUUACUGUGACACCUCAUGAAACGAAUGAGAAUGAUGAUGAUGAAGAAGAUAUUGAAAUACUGACACGAUAUCUUAAUCGUGGUAAACGUCAUACUGUAUGUGAACAAGGUAUGCUACUUGGUGGUAAAGCCCGACGAGGCGCUCGUGAAACAGCAAAAGAUCGCGGUUCAUUAUCACGUCGUGCAAGUGAUACGGCAACAAAUUUUAUCAAUAGUUCGACAAAAGCACAUCUCGAAUGUUUAUAUCAUAAUGCUGUAGAUGCAAAACUAGGCGAUGAUGAUGUUACCACAUCUAGUUUACAAGAAUUACAUAAACUUCAAAAGCAAAUACAAAAAUAUUCGAUUAAUAAUAAUGCAGAUUCGCCAAUAAUUCGACGAGGUUCUGUUGUGCCAUUGCCAACAAACUCUACUGGACUUCAUAUCAUCCGAGAAGAACAUCAACAAAAUCCAUUCCUAUCAUCGAUGCCACAAAAUAUAUCUUCUUCCUCGUCACCAUCAUCGGAAGGCUUACAUAAUAUUGAUAACGAUGAAUAUGAAUAUGAAAUGGAUUACGAUCUACAAAAUCAACAGCUAGAACAGCACCAACAACAAAAACAGCAACAUUUCAUUCGUCCACCAUAUCCAUACAAUCGAGCGCCCUAUCAUCAUCGGGCGCCAGCACCGUACUAUUGCCAUACAAAUCCUUUACUUGCUCAACAUUUAGCGAUUUCGACCGCAAGUUCUUAUACACCAUAA